GCAUUGGAAGUCUUUGUCAUUCUCAUCAAGCACUUCAGCAUAAGAGUCGAGCAACACUCCCGAACACACGUAAAUCACAGAAAGACAGUGGUGUAUUGGGCUCAAUCGUGGGUCGGCUUGUCCUCCCCUUCGAUAAUUUGCUAUUUCCCUUGA